AGAAGAAGAGACGCGAACUUUCAAAGUUUGCCCUUAAUGAGAAUUUUUCUAUUAUUGGAGACACACUUCAUUAAUUCCGUAUUGAAUUGUAUUUUUGACAUGGAUCAGUCAUUUCCUGUUAUACAGUAGCGAUGGAGUACAAAGGUCAACUUAGAAAAAACAGGACUGAAAGAAUAAACGAACUAGAACUAGAAAACAUCGUAGUAGUCCUUCACAUUAGAAUGUAUGUCAUUCUGUAAAUAGAGAUCAUUCAGAAUGGGUGCCUCUAGCAGUAGCAAUGCCUUGAUGGACAAGACGGUUGUGGUGAUUGGAGGUAGCUAUGGCGGUAAUGCAGCAGCUAUACAUCUUAAAGGAAAGUGCAAACUCAUCGUCAUCGACGCCAAGGAAGCUAUGUUUCUGUCUGUAUCCUCGCCUAGAGCCGUGGUUGAACCAGAGUUUACGAAUAAAAUUCUUGUUCCUUUGACGGACGUCCAUGGCGAGUCGUUCAGAAGAGGAAAAGUUGUCCAGAUCGAUCCACCAGAGAAGACAGUGAGUCUUGAAGACGGCAGUACGAUCUCUUAUGAUUACCUGGUGAUAGCUACAGGGAGUAGCAACCCAUUCCCAGGCAAGAUCACCAACGAUACGUCCAUCCAAGAAUGCCACGCCCUCUACAAAGAGGCCUCUGAGAAGGUGAAAGCUGCACAGAGAAUCACAGUCAUAGGAGGAGGGGCGAGCGGUGUGGAGUUGGCUGGGGAGAUUGCAACUGACUUCCCUCAGAAAGAUGUGACUUUGAUCCACUCCAGAGAUACCUUACUUGAACCAGCUGUCCGUCCCAAACUAAGAACCAUGGUCGAGGAGCAACUUCUUGAUCUGAAAGUUAAUCUAGUCAAGGGUGAAAAAGUGUUAGACCUGUCUGACAUCCCUACAGACCUAUCAGGAGGAUUUCGAGAAGUGAAAACUGAUAAAGGAACAGUCGUACCAUCUGAUCUCGUCUUCAUCUGUAUUGGAAUGAGUGUUAACAAGACGGUGUACGCAAACAGUUUAGCUAGUUCGAUGGAUGAGCGUGGAGCCCUUCGUGUGAAUUCAUACCUCCAAGUCGAAGGCUUUGAGGAAAUCUUUGCUGUAGGAGACUGCUCCACUGCUGACCAACAAAAGAUGGCUAAUAAAGCAAGGUUGCACGGUGAAUCAGUCGCAAGUAACAUACCCUUGCAUGCCGAUGGAAAAGCAAUGAAACCUUACAAAACACCGGGUGUCCUAUACGCGGUCUCUGUUGGUCGGAAUAGAGGAGGGAUUCAAAUCGGCAGCCACAUCAUCAUGGGCUCUUGGUUCGUCAAACGAGUCAAGGGCAAAGAUAUGUUCACAACUCGGCUAUGGAGCGAUAACAGGCUAACCGUCCCAGCAAGCUAGAUAUAAUUUGUUUUGAGUAGAAAUA